UUUCGUAUUCGUUGGUUUCGUCUCUUGGAUUGUCAUGAAAAGUGCCGGUAUUUGUUUUUUUCUAAAAACACCUCAACAUAAUGAUUUCUAAACUACCACCUGAAAUCCAAUCAGCUUUUAGAACUGGAAUCACGAUAACCAGCCUUCCCCACUGUGUGAUCGAAUUAAUCCUGAACAGCCUUGAUGCUAAUGCAUCCCAUAUUGGUGUAAGAAUCGACCUAGAAAAAUACAAUUUGCAAGUGGUGGAUAAUGGCUGUGGAAUCGAACGAGCCCAACUGGAGCUGGUCGGUGAAAGAUACAUGACGAGUAAAUGCUCAUCUCUCGCCGAUUUAGAGGGCAAUGUAAAAUACUAUGGCUUCAGGGGUGAAGCUGUAGCUAGCAUUAAAGAUGUUUGCGAGGCAAUGGUGCUUAUUUCCAGACCGGAAGGUCAUUCAUCAACUUUCAGCAAGGUGAUGAAAGGUGGAUCGGAAAUUAAUAGCAGAGUGUCAAAAGCAAUGCUAAAUCGUCCUGGAAAUGGUACUACUGUGGCUGUAACGAAUCUAUUCUACAAUCUGCCUGUCAGAAGGCAUCGCAUGUAUAGUGCUAUUGAGCUUGAACAGUUGAGACAUCAGAUGCAAGCUAUUGCUUUGAUUCAUCCAAAGGUAUGUGAAUUAUAGAAACUACCAUAAACUGACUU